AUGGUCCAGCUCGUCGAGGUUGAGGACGAACACUUCCAGAGCGCCCAGCCGGGGCCCGAGGAGGAUGAUGCCGACUUUACCGACACCGACUCUGAAAUCUCCGAAGACAGCGACUACGACCCCAGCCAGGAAACCCUCGCCGAGCGUCUGUACGCGCUCAAGGACAUCAUCCCGCCGACCACGCGCGGCUGGAUCGGCGCCCGCUUCGACACCGGGGCCCGCGCCGUCCAAAACACCUGGUUCUACGGCUCCCGCACCGUCUGGGUCGUCUGCACCGCCGCCCUCAUGAUUGGCGUCCCCCUGGCUACGUGCUGGGCCGAGGACCAGCAGAUUGAGGGCAUGGAGCGCGAGUACCGCAUGCGCGAGAUGGGCAGCGAGCUGCUCACCGCCGGCGAGGACCAGAAGGAAGGGAACACUGCCGACAUGCUGAACCAGGCCAUUGGCGGCAAGACUGAGGCCCGUCCGUCGCUCUAG